AUGAUGGCCGUGGCGUCUCUGCAGUUGCGCCCAAUCCCUCGUCUCCUUCCGGCGAGAAAUGGCGGCGCCCGCACAAGUCCGCGGAUGGCCGACUUGAGCUGCAGAUACAACCAGUCCACCAAUGUUCAAGGACGAACAAGGCUCAGAAGCCACAUAGCACGCAGAGAUGCCCUGUCAUUCAUGUCAUCCGCCGUGUUGGCCGCAUUCGUGCUCAUGGUGGCCAGUCCAGCAGAAGCUAGAACUUCGAGAUCGGAGAACAAAAAGAAAGCCUUGGAGAAGCUCAGGGAGAAGGCGUUAGGCGCAAAGGAGAAGAAUGGAGCCACCGGUAAGGAGAUGCCGCCUCCGGCGAACUUGCUAAUCCCUCGUCCGGCCGUCCAGGCUUCCUUGUGA